GUUGCUUUCAGAACGAAGCCGGAGCUCUCCAAAAGUGGCGCUAGGUCAAGGAUUUCAAGUAUAAUUGUACAUGUACACCCACAAUCCAGCUGCGAUUUAGCCGCAAACUAGCACUCCGUAAUAAGGCAGCAGGCCCAGCACGCACACACAGGCGCGCCAAUGCCCAAAAGAAAGACCAAGCUGAACAUCGAUCAUGGCUUCCCUCUCUUUCCUCUUCCUCGGUGGCGGUGCCUUCUUCUUCUUCCUCUUGGCCACGACCGUGUCCGUGUAUACCCACAUGUACCAGACAAGCGGCAACGCCAACGACAGCGGAGCUGCUACCACGCACCUUCACUUCUACAUGCACGACGAGUACGCCGGCCCACGCCCGACCGCCAUGCGCGUCGUGUCCGGCCGCUCCCUGCUGCCACCGGCCUCGUCGAGCGACGGCGACACGACGGCGGCCGAGACGUCGCCGUCGUCGUCGUCGUCGUCGUCGCGUCGUCAGUUCGGGGACAUCGCUGUGCUUAACAACGCGCUGGACGGAGGAGCCCACGAUCGACAGCGCACGCGUGGGCACCGCGCAGGGGUUCGGCGUGCGCGUGUCCGAGGGCGGCGUCGUGUCGCACGUGACCGUGCACCUGGUCCUGGAUGCCGGCGAGCACCGGGGGCAGCUCCGUCACGGUGAGCAGCCGCAUCGACGUGGAGGAGAAGGUGCGCGAGUCGGUGGUCGUUGGCGACACUGGGCGUUGCCGGUUCGCGCGCGGGUACGUGAUCACCAGGAACUACAACUACGACCUUGGCCACGGCGGAGUCGCCGAGUUCGACGUCUAUUUGCUCAACUAACUUCCUUGACUUGAAGGCAUUUGAUUUGUCUGUAUAAGCAUCAAUCUCAACAUAUAUCGUACGUACGCAAAUUUUUUUACCGUGUAAUAACUGUCCAUAUGGUGUUUACUAGUAUACGCUGAAGCAUGCAUUUGAGUUGAAAUGAUUCACUACUAGCGAACUCUGGCUUCUACCACCUCACACCCUUUUCACUAUGUCGAAAACAUGUAACAGUACGAGAUCAAAAGUCAUUACUGGUCCUUGAGCCGCCUCACUGAUGACUCUUGAGCAAAGGUGAACAAACAGAAACAGAUGCAUGACUUUAUCAAUGAAGGUGGUCAGGGGGCGUAAGAAAUUAAACUUAAAUGUUCAAACCAAAAAGGAGGGGUGAAUUUGGUCGAUAAAACAAUAACAUAGGCCAGACAUGACGACAUAGUAUAGAUAGAUAUUGAUGAUAAAAGUUUUAUGAAAUAAAAUGAAACGAGUUUUUAAGAGAAUGAAACUUGUCCGCACUUUUUCAACACACUAGUUGCAGGGCGCGCGCCAUCGCGCGCAUGUGCAAUGAUACGUGAAAUUUUAAAUAGAAAAUAUGUAGGGUAAUGAGGUAGAAAAGGCAAUAAGAGCACAUUCAGUUUUGUACAUAGCUAAUUAACUAUAAUUAAAGUUAUGAUAGACUAUCUAAUAUAGAAACAACCGGCUGAGGAGCUUGAUAGGAUAAAUUUUUCUUGGGGUGGACUGGAAUCCUUCUUAGCUUUAUAGGAGCAGGAGAUCAGGUCCAUUGGCUCGAGGAGACCUGACGGCUGCCGCCUUUGGCUUAGUGCUUAGACUCGUUGGACCUUGAUCUGCAUUAGAUAGACACGGUGAUGACGUAAAAUGUAUCUGGACGUGUGUAAUGUAGGAUAUCCCGUAUCAUCCUUUGCAGUAAGAAAAGCAUGCAAAGCAGGAAAAAAUUGUUAGCUUCACUCCAAAUUAUCAAUCUUCACUUUCUGUAGAAACUGUGUGCGUUGUCAAUCUGUACAGACUGAUUUUUUUUUUAAAUAGGUAAACCUGAGUAUUGUACUGAUUUUGUAAAUAACUUAAUAAAUGAUGAGCAUAGCAAAUAGUUAGAAGGACAUAACAAAGUGCCAUGUGUUUAGAGGAAGAAAGUAUUAAAAAAUUUAGAAUCACAAGCAGCGUCGGAGUCAGCAGUUAUGACAUUUCUCGUGGCCGGGAAACUGGUCAUCUACAACCUACAAAACAAUAGGAAACACAAGAAGAACAAACACACUAACUCCUCGUCAUCAUGCAUCAAACUACAUGUUGGUCUUAUUUUCCUGGUACUAUAAAUGAUGAAGACGGUAGGGUUGACCAACACACUAACAUCUUUCUUAGGUAACAAAACUGCAUUUUAGUUUGGUAGACCAAAUAAUAUGCUACAAAUUAUUAAUUACUGCCAUAUGCUAAAUGUCUGCUAUGCCACAAAUAGCUUUUCUGAACCAGUACCAAAAUUUGCUCUGAGGAAUGUAACAGCAUAAAAAUCAGGCACAACGUACCUGGUAGGUCUGCUGUAGGGCGGCUUGGUUGAACGUGUAACCUGAGCAAGUAUAUAAAUUGGAUUUUAAAUAGUAACAUCGUGGGACUACUGCUCCCGAACAGCAUAUACCUAUAUCGACUAUUAAG